ACCCCAUGGUCGUGAGGCCAUGAGCUAAACGUAUCGCUGAAGCUGACGGUAUUGACGUUCUCUGGGUUAGAGAGGUUGGCAACCUUCCCUUUAGCAGCACAGUUGUUCCCACUUUGUUUCUGGCAACAGCGAAGCAGAGGCGGGUCACUGAAGUUUUUUGGUGAUGUGCAGGGACCCAUGUGGAGGGCGCUAACGAUUUUCAAAAACUUUUUGGUGACCGUGUCAGGCCUGCAUGACCCGAGGAGAUUUAGCGCACCAUCGGCAGUCUGUCCAUGCUGCUGCUGCAAGGUAAAAUGGAAACGCCAUGUGGUUUAUAUAAUAACGCAGCUAAGGGGAAUGGUUUUAUUAGGACCAAAACAGGAGAGCUGGACGUACAAGUCACCUCUCUCUUUCUCUACUUUGAAGAUAUCUUUUUUGCAAAUAUGUGACGCCGUACAUUUUUACUUCACUUUACUUCAAGUUUUUUAUGACUUAAUAUUUCAAUUUUCUAUUUGAGAGGUACUGUCAUUUUUUAUUCUUUCAUUGUUAUUGGAAAUCUAAAUUAUUAUUUAGAUAUGUAACUAUUUCUUCUGCUUUUAUAUUGUGUAAAUAUCUCUUUGCGGUCUGUCUUAAAUUCCAGCUUUUUUCCCUCAAAAGGUGUACUGUACUUCUUGUUACUGUAUGUUCAUCUAGAUACCGAUUUUUUAACUGUUUCACCAGAUUUUCUUCCCUAAUAAUUUCGUCUCCGACUUUCUACCAGUCAUAAUGGCAGAGUGAAGAUGGGGGACUGGAACUUCCUUGGGGGGAUUUUGGAGGAGGUGCAUAUCCAUUCCACUAUGGUAGGCAAGAUCUGGCUCACCAUCCUGUUCAUCUUCCGUAUGCUGGUCCUCGGGGUGGCGGCUGAGGACGUGUGGAAUGACGAGCAGGCUGACUUCAUAUGCAACACCGAGCAACCCGGAUGCAGAAAUGUGUGCUACGACUUGGCUUUCCCAAUCUCUCUUAUUCGUUACUGGGUGCUGCAGGUCAUUUUUGUGUCUUCUCCGUCGCUGGUUUACAUGGGCCACGCUCUCUACAGGUUGCGGGCGCUGGAGAAAGCACGGCAGAAGAAGAAAGCUCUGCUGCGGAAGGAGCUGGAGUUGGUAGACGUGGAGUUGGCAGAAGCCAGGAAGAGGAUUGAGCGGGAGAUGAAGCAGCUCGAUCAGGGGAAGCUUAACAAAGCUCCUCUGAGGGGCUCUUUGCUGCGCACCUACGUGGCUCACGUUGUCACUCGCUCUGUUGUUGAAGUGGCCUUCAUGACAGGCCAGUACCUCCUUUAUGGCUUCCACCUCUACCCGCUCUUCAAGUGUGAGCGAGAUCCUUGCCCCAAUGCUGUUGACUGUUAUGUCUCCAGACCAACAGAGAAAAGUGUCUUCAUGGUGUUCAUGCAAUGCAUCGCUGCGAUUUCCCUCUCGCUGAACAUCUUGGAGAUCAUGCAUCUGGGUUACAAGAAGAUUAAAAAGGGCAUCUUGGACUUCUACCCUCACUUGAGAGACGAGAGAGAUGAACUGGAUGACUACUAUACCAACAAGUAUAAAAAAGAAUCCGUUGUGCAAAUUUGCCGAAAGGCAACAGUCGCUUCUGCACCCAGCGACUACAACCUCUUGAUGGAGAGGGUGCAGGGAACAAUCACGUACCCAAACCCUAUCAAACCUUCAAUUUCUCUACCUCUUCAGGGCGAGCUGGCCAAACAGCAGGAUUUGGAUGAUUCCAGAUGUUCAGCUCAAAGCCCAACAGAUUAUAAUUGCACCUUGACUACUAACGAGCCCUGCUCGCCGUGCUGCGACUCCAUAAUCAACCCAAAGCAGGACGCUGAGAACUUUUUACGUCAACCCUUACAGGGUAAGGAGGAUGACAGCAGUGAAAGAGGGAGCCCAGACUCUCCAAAGUGCCCACAGAUGGCACCUCACUCUUCCUCCUCCUUCCCCACGUUGCCGGUUAGUGCACUGAAGAGGCCAUGGAGGGCUCAUGGCUCUUUAAAAUGCUCCACAGUGUUGGAGAGCAAAAGCUCUGACACAGAUUCAUACGGGGGAGCAAAAGCAAGUAGCGGACCUCUGUGCUCUCGAACGCAGUCAAAAUCAGAUGUCAAACAUCAAAGCCGGCCCUCCACCCCAGAGUCACUGGAUGACUGCAGCUCAGGAUCCAGGGACAACCCCAGACCGCCUUCCUCCAACUGCAAAACAUCGAUGGCAAGUAAUACGAGCAGCAGACGAGCACCGGAUCUACAAAUCUAAACUACAAAUGUUAACCUUGCAAUCUAUAUUAGAGUCUACAUUUAAUAAAUCACGGAUUUAACGGCACUCUAAGCUGCCUUCAAACUAUUUUUCUUUGUGUGUUUUCAACAAUUCAGUCUAAAUAACACGGCAUGCUUUAAAAACUCACUGCACUUCAGAUAAUGCAACAUAAUAAAUGCUUUUGGUGACAUUACAAUAAAAGAACAGACUUUUUACUUUUAUGUUUCUGGAAUAAAUGUUUGUUUUCUGCAUGUUUUACUACUAAAAUAGCAUUGGUGGUCUUAAAAAUCGAGUGUACGAAUGCAUUGGGCUAAAAAUAGAUGAACUGUUGCAUAGUGGUGACAAAACAUAGUAGAGAAAGUCAAAUAUCAUUUCACUAUGAAGGUAUUCUGACUUCAACCUUGUAAUAAAACGUGUUGGAUGCAAACCAGCUGCUGAGAAACAGCAAUAGGUACCAUAAAAAGAGACGAGACGUCUUUUUUUGUUUUGUUUUAAAACGUUAAAAUACAGCAGUGUAGAUAAUGAAACUGGUUCAAGAACCUAGAGUUCAUUUACUCCUGAUUCAAACUUAUAUUUCUGAGUUUUUGAACCACUUCUUUUUGUCACAUCUGGGCUCAUGUAUGCACGUAACAGGCAAGAAUGUGAGUACGUAUCAGGAUGUUAUUGAAACCGAACAUAAACAAAUUAUAAAUAACACUCCAGCAAUUCCAUAGUGUAUUAAUCAAUGAAAACUUUGGAGUAUUUUGAUAGUAUAAUAGUAUAUAGGCCUGAUAUACCUCUGGUUUGUUUCCAUCAGUGUCAAGUCAUGACAGUUAUGAACCGCUGAUGGUAAUCACAAUAUCAAAAUCCUCUGAUACUCAAUAAAAAGCCCAGAUGGAAACAUUGGAAAAUAGUUAAAUCAGUGACACAACAUCUGGAUAACAAGACUGUGCUUUAUUUGACCAGCGACUUACAUUUCUGAGCUUCUUCCAACUGUUUACUUACACCAGACCUUUGCAAAUAAAAGUGUCUUGGUCCACACUGUCAAGUGAGUUAAGACAGAGCGUUUGUGUUCAUAUAUUAUCAGCAGUUUAAUCUUAACACUGGUUAUUGAAGA